CAUUCGUUAUUCCAUACYCCAAAAACAKCCAGAAGAAAGAACUUCACGAUGAGUCGAUGGGCCGAUUCUACAGACGACGAAGAUGAUUACCUACACGAUGGUGAUCACGAAGAUUACGUCGAGCACGCUGUUAGUGCGGAUCAAGUGAGUACGAUUUGAUUCGAUCUGCAAGGUAUUCAUGCAGAUGCGAAGGUACUCGAUACAAUCCAUGGUUCUAUAUUUUACAAAUUCUGAUCAAUCUGACCACCCUUGUUUUUCUUCUCUCAUCAAUUCAAYGCAUUGCAUCUCGGUCUGGAAUUUUUGCUAUGCAUYGUUCACUGCGUAUWUGUUCGUGCAACUUGCUUCCCUGAACAACAAACUCGUGUCACGGGAUUCCUYCACACCUUUAUCAUUUCGCUUGCUUUGUCCUUUGGUUUAGCUGAGAGAACCAAUGCCACUUCCUGAGCACAACGUGCACCUUCCCGACAAAAACAUUGCGGAGGGCGCCGAUGACGAAGACGCCGAAGCCGAGGCCGAGGAAGAAAGCGAAGAAGAAGAGGAGGAAGAAGAGACCGAAGAGGAAAAGGCGGAKCGACAGCGCCGCCUCGAGGAAGCAAAAGCAGCUGCCAAAGCCAAAAAAGAGGCGGAGGAGGCCGCGGCAAAAGAAAAGGCACAAAAGAACGACCUUGACAACCUCGAUGACAUUUUGAAUGAAAUGGGCAUCGAAGCAGCCCCCGCGGCAGAGGAGCAAACGGUAGCCGCUGACGACAAUGAGGAACCCGAGGCCGGAGGAGGCACUAACAGCCGCAGGCGAAAGAAGAAGAAAAAGAAGGGGGGCCCUGCGGCUGCGGAAGCCGCUCCURCUGCUAGCGAGGAACAGCCCACCACGGUGGACGUUGCCGCCGUGAUGAAAGCCAAGGCCGGGAAAAAGAAGUCGACGACGAGUGCGGCUAAGGCUGCCGCCCAGGCCGCGUCUUCCGAAAGCAAAUCCGCGAAGGGAAAGAAAAAGAAGCUGAGUAAAAAAGACAAGGCCCUGCAAUACGGACGGUAGUGCCGUUGUGAGCUAAGCAUSAGGUACUUUAACUACUAGUGCCUGCMUUGCUGCAACCGAUGCAAUCCCCUACGGACACAACGCUCCAACGGUUUUGACAUCUCUAGAGAAAUGAAUAUGCUACUGACCAUUGUACAUAUAUUCAUCGCCCAAAAUAAACCUAAGACCAAUCC